AUGCCUGCUCCUAUUGAGAUAACAGAACCCGUCGUUGUGGUACGCGAGCUUCACGACGACGAAAAGCUGGUCGUCACUGACUUCGAACGUCAUGCCAAACGCUGCCGCGACUGCUCUGAUGCUGUCCAGACACACAGGGAUGGCCGCACACUCUGCGAGUCAGGAAGCACCCGCGCCCGCGAUGUCACCAACUACCUCUACAGCCGCAACGGGAAGCACUUCUCGACUGUGGAUUACGAGAACGGCAAAUACACUCGAGUGAAGCUGCCCCGGGAGGACUUCGCUGUCCGCAACCUUCUCACAGCCUUGGAACAGGGUAUGCGUCUUCGCCCAAAGCCCGCCCUUGUCCAGCCUGUCCAGCCCGUCCAGCCCGUCCAGCCCACCGAAACUGUCAGCUACGACCCUACCUACCUCGUUCCAGCUCGCCGCGUCAGCGGCAGGCAGGUUCGUCCUCGCUCCACAUCCCCUGAGACCUAUCAGAUCAUCGAGAGAUCUCCUCGCAAUUCCCGCUCUCCUACUUCGAUCCUGUACCGCUCCCCCGGUGGCUCCUCCAGCCGCCCAUCAUCUAGCCGUGGAUCGCUGUACAGCACCGACCAACUGGAACGUGUGGAGCGUCAGUAUGAGACCCCUCGCCGCUACGUUGAGAGCUCUUCCAAGUAUCACCGUUGA